GUGUGCGGCAGGUAUAGGGACCAGACAGCUGCUCCCUCCAUCUCCCUCCCCUCCUCUCCCCCUCUUGCUCUCUCAUCUGUGUCCUUCUCUUUAACGACGACCCUGGAACAAGCUAUUAAAAAUGCCCAUGAGUGCUACGAUGAUGAGAUUCAGCUUUACAAUGACCAGAUCGAGACCCUGCGGAAGGAGAUUGAGGAGACAGAGCGGGUCCUGGAGAAGUCCUCCUAUGACUGUCGCCAGCUGGCACUAGCCCAGCAGACCCUGAAGAAUGAGCUGGACCGGUACCAUCGCAUCAUCGAGAUUGAAGGCAACAGGCUGAGCUCUGCCUUCAUUGAGACUCCCAUCGCCCUGUUCACCCCGAGUCAUGGAGUCUCUCUCAGCUCUGGAUCCGGUGGGAAAGAUCUCUCCAGGGCCGUGCAGGAUAUCACUACAGCAAAACCAAGACAGAAAGGCCUUCCCAAGAGUGUCCCAAGGAGAAAGGAGAUUCUAGCUAAAGACAAGGCAGAUGGCACUCUGGAGGAUGCGCCCUUGAAAAGUCUGGAAGACACGAAGCUGGUGCAGGUGACGCUUAAAGAGGAGGGUGAACCCAAGUUUGAACUCGAAGGUAAAGAGGCAGGUCUCCCAACACAGGAAGGGACCCCGGAGGAUGUGCCGGAUGGAGGACACAUCAGCAAAGCCUUCGGAAAGCUGUACAAGAUGGUCAAGGAGAAAGUGAGAGGCCCCAGGGAACCUGAGACCCCCGCUGACCUCUACACCAAAGGGCGUCAUGUGCUGGUCACGGGGGAUGCCAGUUACGUGGACCCUGAUUUCUGUGUGUCCUCCGUCCCGGCCAAGGGUGGAGUGGCUGUUUCCACUGAGGAAGACUCUGUGCUUCUUGACGGCCACGUAGAGCCCUCUCCUGAGCAGCCUGAGCCCCCUUUGGAGAAUGGGCAGGAGGGCCCCCCGGAGAAAGAAGGUGGACCCCCAAGUGAGCAGCCGGCUAUAGACAAGGAGGCUGAGCCAAGCAUCACAGAACUGAAAGGCCCUGUGGAGAAAGUCGAUGGUGAGGGAGAGGAUGAGGGGUCUGAGAGACCCAGUCCCGUGGUCAUACCCGGUCCAGAGGAACCAUCUACACCUGAGUCUCAGAUGCCUGGGGCCAGUCCAGAUGGAGUGGAGGUGACUGGCACUAAGAGCAAAAGCCUGCCGGAAAAAGGCCCUCCCAGGGCACUGGCGUACAAGACGGUGGAAGUUGUGGAAUCCAUCGAGAAGAUUUCCACGGAGAGCAUUCAGACAUAUGAAGAAACUGCUGUGAUUGUGGAGACCAUGAUUGGAAAGACCAAGUCAAACAAGAAAAAACUGGGAGAGAAAGGCUCUUAAAAUGCUCAGGCUUGAGUGGAGGACAUAUCCCUGGGGUCCUGCUGUUGAGGUCCUGCUUUGAUACUUUAGAACAAAUGAUACAAGGGUGAGGGUUCCUGUUUGGAUUAGACCGUAGUUGACCCGCCUGGCGUUGCCAGUGAAGCCUUCAUUAAAACGUUUUCUUUGCUUGCA